GCAGGCGCGGGGGCGGCGGGGGGCCGCAAGGCGAAGCGCGCCGGCGAGUCGCUCGACUACCUGCGGCUGUGCGCCGCCGUGCUGCGCUUCUGACGCGCCCGCCAUGAAGGAGCACCGCGUGCGCGCGCUCCGCGUCACCACCACGUCCAGCAUCAAGGGCAGCAGCGGCGUGGACGUGGAGGCGUGCGGCAGUCUCCAGCUGUUGCAACUGGAGCUGGAACUGCGCUGCACCAGAGACGGGGGCUGCUCCCGGGUGCCUCACCACACGCUGCAUCACGGCACCAGCACAGAUGAUGACCAGGACCAAGAUGCAGUGCUUCGGGAAUGUGCUGCAGCCAUCACUAUCGAGGACUUCUUCAGGAAGCCAGACCACGACGAGCUGUCCGCCAUCAAAGCACAGAAGGGCGUGUCGCUUCUGGGCAGAGCAGGAAUUCAGGAUGCCUACGAUCGUCUCUAUGACGCCCUUGUCGCAGGGGAAUCGUGCGCAGGCCAGCUGGCGCUGCAGCUGGCGGCGGUGGUGGGAGCCGGCGCCGGGGGCGGGUGCGGGGGUGGCGGGGGCGCGGCGCCGGCGGCGUGCGUGCCGCUGCUGGCGGCGGCGUGCCGGAGGCUGCUGCGGGACUCCGCGUUCCCGCUGGCGGCGGCCGUGGCGCGCGUUGCUGCCGCCGCCGUGUGCCGCCGCCCCUCUGAGGCGGCGCUGCUGCUGGCCGCCAGCGUCGGGCACCUCGACGACGCGGCCGACCUGACGCGCGAGCUGCUGCACGCCGGGGCGCCCGUCUGGGGUGGAGGUGGUCCAACAGAAGAGGAUUCAGAGGAUUCGACAUUUGCAGCCUUUCUGCGUGCUGUGAUGCGCCGCCGCCGUCUUGACAGUCGAGCACAGAAUACACUGCACUUGCUCAGUGAGGCCAUGGGGGAGCAGCCAGCGCGCAUGCACCGCACUGUCAUGCGCACGAUGUUUCGGCAUGCCAGAUGUGUUAAGGUGCUAGGCCCAGUCUUCCUACAGCUGAAGUCGCAAAUGAAGCGUUACUGGACACAGCCCCUGGAAUUGCGUUUCCUUUGCCGCAAAGCCAUCAGAGGUGCAGUCGGACCUCAGCGUCUUGCACAAGGUGGUGCAGCUCAGCUGGGGCUGCCACCACCCCUUCAGAAAUACGUUUGUUUUGAGUUGCAAUAGACCACGUGAUCAGUGGAGCAGGAAAUAAUUCUUGGUACAACUCUUUGAAACUCCAACAGCUUGUGUUUAUUAUUUUGAUGUGCACUUAUUCAUCUUGUGCUUCCGGCACUGAUCAUACUAGAAAAGUGCACACAAAUACUCCACAGCAGAACUCAUGAAUUUGAAUGUCAUAGUUGAAUGGCACAUUUGAGACCAUGCAUUCAGUUAUCCGUGUGACCAUUGUAACAACUUUCUCUUGAUCACAGAUGGAAAUGUGCCAAAGGCUACAAACGCUGAUGAAUGUUAAGUGACAGUAUUAUUAAUGUAUUGACUGAGCAUAAAUGUAUCACAAACAAGUAAGCAAGUGAGUUUGUAACAGGUGUCUUAUUCUUAGCACUGCACUCUUUUCAUGUAGUGAAAACUAUAUUCUGGGAAAGAAGAAUAUUUACGUCCAUGUUACCUGUAACUGGUCACAAUGUUUAAACAAAUUGCUCAGGAACUUUCUAAACUUACACAGGUUUCUUUUUUUCAUAAUUAAAAGGUGAUAUGAUCACCUAACUCCACUGUUAUUUGAAUCAGUAGUUAACGUCAGUACAACAAUCAGCACAUAUAUUGGUUUGUAAGAAUGCUUUGAUGCCUGUUUUAUUAACAUUACAAUUUGCUAAAUGUUUGUAAAGAUGAAGGAUGUUGCUUCAUUUAUAUCAGUUACAAAAUUGAUAUAAUUUUAUAUCAUUCUUGCUAGUUAAAACCCUUACCAAUACAGUAACCAUAUAAAGUGAAGGUAACAAUUCAUUUCCUAUUUAACCAAAUUAAUUAUUGAAGCGUCACAGCAAAACACAAUUUUACAGUCAGUUGUCUUUGCUUGGUUCAAAUGGCUCUGAGCACUAUGGGACUUAACAGUUGUCUUUGCUCCCACAAAUACAGUGUUCUAGUACAACAAAGGAUUUAACAAUGUCCCCAUUGUAUAUACAUCAGAUGCUGCUGAAAAGUAACUAUCCAGCAGCCUUCAGAAGUUAUUAUUCUAAUACAUUUAAUAUCCAGAGACUGCUAUAUUACUCUUUGACUGAAAAAUUUCUUUUUUCCUUCUGCUUCAUUAUUCACUGUAGUAGUAAAUGUAUAUAUUUUCAUAUCUAUCAACUCAUUCAUCACAUAUUGUUAUGACAUGAUUUUAACUUCCUUUGAUCAGGUAAUGCACUGCUGCCUGUGCCUUGUAAAUUAAACACCAUUAAGAAUAUCUGAACACCAAUGUGUGAAAGCAAUAACUUUUUUAAUGUGAGUGCAUCAGUUAUUACAGCAUUUUCACUUGGAAAUGCACUUGUAAAAAUUUUGUAGGUAUUGCCUUUAGAUGACACAAGUGCCCUUCAAUAUUCAGAGACCACCAAAAAAUAUUACUUUAAUACACUAACUUCUCACAUUUUUAACUACACUUGAUCUUACAGAGCUACAGGAAGUUUGCAUUUCAAACCUCUUGUUGUCUUUCAUUAAUAAAAAGCAAAGAAAACUGGAUCUGCUAAUAUAUUUUGAAUUGCAGUAUUGCAUUGUACUCCUACUUCCACAUGAUAACACACAUACACAUUAACAUAAAUUUUAAAAUUGCUCUCCAUAUAAAUUAUAAUCAGUGUGGCAAAUACUGCUCAUAUCAUUUUCAGUGGAUUUUUAUAUGCACAGCUGUUCUAACAAAUGUCAUGGAUAAUUUAACAAUGACAAGCCUUCAUAUUUUUAUGCAGUCAGUUUACUGUUACAAGAAUACAGUCCUUCAAGAUUUAAGUGCCAUUCUUAUUCCUCUAAUCACAUUGUUACAUUUAUAUCUCAGGACAUAUAGUGAUAACAAGUAGUGACAACUGAACAAAAAUACUCACACCUGGAUGUUAUAUGAUGCCUCUGUUUACUCUAUUCAUUAUAGAAGAUUUUUUCCUUACACAUAUUUUAAACAGAAAAAUCACUCGAAUGGUAAAUCUUAAACAGGACCAUUAAGCAUCACUUUCUUUUACUGGUAUCAGUUUAGUUCAUUAUUCUGCUACACAGAUACUUUGCAUUAUAUCAUGCAGUAUUUUGCAACAAAUGUGUUUGUUAAAAAAUACAGUGGUAACCUUUUUCCUUCGAGAUUAUAUAUAUUAAAGAAAAGGAUGCUGGAUUCUUCUUAUCAUCCAUAAACGUUUCAUUUAAAUUUUAUUUAUAUUAUAAUGAGCCCCAUUCACAUCUACUAAGAUAUUUCCUUAAUACACAUAAAAGCCAUUGUCCAUAUAGCAUAGCCUAGGACCUACUACUUUACAGCUGAAUGUAUGUGCAGUAUUUGUGUGCACUUUUCUCCAGCAAUGUCACACAUAUCAAUUAAUGAUGUCUGCAACAAUGCAUUUGAACCAGUAAAUUAUUGGACAGACACUAUUCAUUUGUGUAACUGCACUACAGUUAAACACGUUUUUCAGCAUGAAAAUUGGUAAUAAAAUAUACCAAAAUUCUGUGAUCUGUAGCCAGAACCGUGGAGAGCUACGAGGAUAAUUUUUUAUCCAUGUAGAAACAAUGCCUUCAUACAGAACUGUGAAACAAAAGUGUAAACUAGAGAUGUCUUGAUAAACUGUGAUGUUUAUGUGUUUAGUAGGUUAUUCUAGUUGUAUAGUUUGUAAUAUAAGCUAGAACAGUGUUUGAUAAAGUGUGAACUGACUCUGAACAAUUUUACAACUAGGACAUUAAUCACAGCUUAUGUGAUGUAGGAGAACAGUCGUUUUGUACCAUAACCCCAAGAUAUAUGAGUAAAAGUAGUGACAAUUGUAAAUAUUAGAGUCUGAUCACAUGUGAAGAGGCUUUCAUAAGUGUUAGUUUGCAUCUAUGCACAGUGUGUGUGUGCAUGUGUGUGUGUGUGUGUGUGUGUGUGUGUGUGUGAAGGGUAUUUGAAUGAACCCAAGAGCAAAUUACACAUCAAGUGUACUAGCUCUUGCAAGUGAGUAUGUAGAGUCAUGGGCACAUGAAUGACUUAUAAAUGGUUUUACUCUUGAAGUAGAUAUGGUUACACUGAGAUAAGGAAUACCAUAAACAGCUGAUAUUUCAGUACAGUAAAACUACAAUAAUCCAAAAUAACUGGGACCAAAGCCACAACAGGUGGCGUAGUUUCCAUCUCAUUAAUGUUUUGAAUUGGAAGUAUUAGUGUAUCUUUCAGUACCAUAUCUGUCAAGAAAGUACCAAUAUUUAUCAUUAAUAAUAUGUUAUUUCUUACUUUGUGUUCAUCAUUCACUUAAAAUUAAUAAUUACAUUUUGCCAUUGAUUUAGAUACUUUCUUUCAUUCGGACAAGACAUCUCAAAUUUUGGAUUAGUGAUGUAAUACUGUAUUUACACUAAAACUAUUUUCUUGUUUUGCUUAAGUGUAUGAAACAUAUUUUAUCAGUACUCACUGCCACAGUAUUAGUUUUACAGAGAAAUGUCUUAUAUAUUUUUCCUGACAAGAUUUCAGGGAUAUUGCUUUGUUUCUACCUGGCUAUGUUACACUGCCAGCUUCCUGAAGAUGUCACCACAGGUGUGUGAACAAUUGGGAAGUGUUGAAUUUUCUGCUUUAAUACGUAGAUUGUAGAAUACCGCAUGUACAGAUCUUAUAACUGCGAACAAUAAGUGUUCCUCAUUGUUUAAUACACCACAACAUUUGACAUGUAUGGUUAAAAUAUUAGCUGAGAAGUAAAACUGGAUUCCUGUUUGAUGCAUAUGAUGCAAAGCAGGACAGCACAUUUGCCCUUAAAUAUUUCAAUUUGUCUUAUUUGUAAAUUUUAUACUAGCUGAAUAAUGAACUCAGAUGAAAAUAAGUAUUGUGUUAUUCAUCAUUUUGGCACAGUUAUUACUUUUCAGUUUAAUUGCAGCAUCAUUAUAUGACACUGGCACAUUAUUUAAAAUAACUACUUAUUUGAUCACUGAGUUACAUGUGGCAGCACAGUCAACUGGUCUGAAUACAUAUUCUGAAUAUAUAGAUAAAAAGUGACAGCCACAUUACCUAAAUACAGGCCAAAAUUUCACACGUGGUUUAAUAGAAAAGAAGUAACUUCUUAUGAUUAUUUUCUUGUCAUAGAUGAAUAAUAUACAGAGCUUCCAGGUGAUGUUAUUGCAUGUUUUCCUAAUAGAAUAUGCAACUGGUAGGAAGUAGAAAAUUAUUAAUCAAAAUUCUAACCUUAAAAGAAAGGCUGAAAUAAGACAGUCGUGUAAUCCCAAUUAGUGUUUCUUCACUCAUGUCUCUUUCUGAAGCUGCAUUUUCUUAGUUUGUGGUGUUCAGAUAUUUGUAUUAAUAGUCAGUGUUUGUUGUAGGAGUAUAUUCUGUAAGCUCCAGAUGCAAAGGCUGUGAAGUCAAUUUUAAAAUUAAAAUGUGUUCAUGAACUUCACGUAUCUGCAUUAUUUCUUUAGACAACAAUGAAUAUAGUUGCUUGUUUUACUGUUUUCUAUGUUUUGAAAAAAGAGGUAUUCGCACUACAAAAAGAGCAAACAAAUAAAAAGUUUGACCUGCCAGAAUACUAUAAUGAGACAAAUUUUUAGUGUAAAUUUCCACUUGUAGUUUACAGAUGUCUCAUUUCUCCAAACAACAAAUAUAUCUAAAUACUCAGAAAUUAAUAGUAAAUUUGUAUUCUAAGUUUACCAGGGUACUACUUUUAAUAAGAGAAUUGAACAAUCAUAAGAAGUAGUCAUUAUAACAGCUGUAUUACUCCACAGUAUGUAGGCUACAGCCAUUGCCUUUUCAUAAUAUUAUACAUUCCCUACUAGUGGCCUAAGAAUUUGCAAUCAGCAUUAUUCUAUUUAGAAAAUGCUCCCACUGCCAAGAUGCCUAAUCCUUAACUAGGAUGUUGAAAGCAAUUAAAAACUAGCUGAAAAUAUAGGAAUUAAUUUUGAAAAAGUAUUUUGUAUCAAUAAUGUGACUGUGUUUAUAGAUGUACUCAAUCAAUUGUGUACUUGAGUGAUAUGUUCUAUAAUACCAUUUUGCCUUUAAAUAUAUUGUUGUAAAAUACUCUUUCAGUCAACAAUAAUGUUUGUAGUGUAAAAAAUAAUUGAGCUUCUGCUGAUUUCCAAAUUCAUUUAUAAAUUUUUCAGAAGAUUAUUUCAAGCUAAAAUAAGGCAAUUGAUUUAUGUUUAACUAUUUUGUACAUUAGUGUAAAACAAAGUUAGUUUGACUGGGUGAUAAGUGGUUUUUCAGAUUGUUUUUGAUAAAACACUGCCCCAUAUCCAGUCAUUAGGCUCAUGAUAUGAGUGAUAGAUGAUACAAAUCACAUAUACACCCAACAUGUUUGAGUAACUUUCAUAAUGUUCCUAAUACAGUGAUACACUGCCACUUAUUUUGGUUAUGUCAGUAGCAUGCUAGUUAUUAUUUCUUCCAUUUAUCUGUGUUACUUCUACAAUUAAUUUGUCUUAGAAAUAUAGCUGUCAGCAUUUUACACGAUUUAAAGGAAUAAAUCAGUACAAGUGCAAAAGUUAAGAAUUUUUAACUAGUUUACUGUUUAUAUAUAAAUAUAGUCAUGACUUUUUCUGAGCCUUUUAAAUGGCUACUAGAUAAGCUACAUUUUUCUUGCCAAAUAUUUGUAGAAAGAAUUUGCUCUGAUGAAAAAAAUAAAUGUAAUUUACUAAAAAUAA